UCCUUUUCUAUUACAAGGAAACAUGAUGUCUUUAGGGUAAUUUCAGCUGAUUGGUUCUGGUUAGCAUAAAUCUCAAAUUCUAAGUUUCACAUCUAUAUAAAGGCUUGGAAGAGUGGAGAUAAAUUAGCUAUCCAUCACUUACAUCACCCUAAACAAUGGAGUUGAAAGGGGAGUAUGUUAAUGGGGUUCGUGGAACCGAGGAGCAAGAUAAUUUCGAUCCGAGUGCACCUCCUCCGUUCCAGAUUGCCGAUAUCCGAGCUGCCAUACCAAAGCACUGUUGGAUCAAGAAUCCAUGGAGGUCUAUGAGUUAUGUUUUGAGGGAUGUCCAUGUGGUCUUUGCAUUAGCAGCAGCUGCAGUCUACUUCAAUAAUUGGUUCUUUUGGCCAAUCUACUGGUUUGCCCAGGGAACCAUGUUUUGGGCUCUCUUUGUCCUUGGACAUGAUUGUGGCCAUGGAAGCUUUUCGAACAAUGCUCUUUUGAAUAGUGUGGUGGGACAUAUCUUACAUUCUUCAAUUCUUGUUCCUUACCAUGGCUGGAGAAUAAGCCAUAGAACUCAUCAUCAGAACCAUGGGAAUGUUGACAAGGACGAGUCAUGGGUUCCGUUGCCUGAGAAUCUUUACAAGAAACUGGAUGGGCAUACGCGGUUUCUGCGAUUCACUGUCCCCUUCCCUCUAUUUGCAUACCCCAUAUAUUUGUGGUAUAGAAGUCCAGGCAAGGAAGGAUCUCAUUUCAACCCUUAUAGCAACCUGUUUAGGCCACAAGAGAGGAAACUUGUGAUGACUUCGACUGCUUGUUGGUCUGCAAUGGCUAUUCUACUCGCCUACUUAUCAUUUGCAGUCGGUCCAUCCCUGAUAUUUAAGCUCUACUGUGUUCCCUACUCAAUAUUCGUGAUAUGGGUGGAUUCAGUGACUUAUCUACACCACCAUGGCCAUGAGCAGAAACUUCCAUGGUACCGUGGCAAGGAAUGGAGUUAUCUCAGAGGAGGGCUUACAACAGUGGAUCGUGAUUAUGGUUUAUUCAACAACAUCCACCAUGACAUUGGCACACAUGUCAUCCAUCAUCUCUUCCCUCAAAUUCCUCAUUAUCACUUAGUUGAAGCUACUAAAGCGGCGAAACCGGUGAUCGGAAAAUACUACCGGGAGCCAAAGAAAUCAGGGUUUGUCCCAAUUUAUUUGAUGAAGAAUCUAAUCACAAGCCUUAAACAAGAUCAUUAUGUGAGCAACAAUGGAGAUAUAGUGUAUUAUCAGACUGAUCCACAACUAUAUGAGACUCGAUUGCUUUCGCGUGCCAAGUCUAAAUGAUCUUUAC